GGAAUAGAGAUUCCGUUCAUAACACGCGUGGCUCUGCCCCUCUUGUGACUUGACUAGCUUACUAUAUAAGGCCAAGCCCUCUCUCUUUCUCUCUCUUUCUCUCUCUCUCUCUCUCUCUCUCUCUCUCUCAGAAUCCAUGCGCAAAGCGUGAAAAAACGGCCUUUAUUAAUGUUCUAUUUUUGUCAUUCGUAUUUUUCAAAGAUUUUGAUUCCUAAAAGACCUAGAUUUUCAUUCACUCACACUCGCGAUUAUCAGAUUGAAUUCGAAUCCCUUCGUUUCUUGUUCUCGAGUCCUCGAUUAGCUGAAUAAUUGAAUUGCGUCGUCCUUUCUCUUAUCUGAAUUCUUGUUGAUUGCAAGUAACGUGACAAUGGGAGCUAUGAUAGCAGAUCAAAAUACAGCUGAUCAAAAUACGCUUGAUAGCUACAAUGAUGAAAAAGUGCAGCAGAGGAUUCAUGGAGCCUCGAAACUUUCCUGGAUUGCUUCAAAGCGGAGAAUUAUGAAAGUUAUGUGCGAUGAAAGUAUGAAGGAACUAGAGAAAGAGAAAGAAAAGAAAAAUGUAGAGUCACCUGCUCAACGAUUCAAAGUUUCAUUGAAGAAAAGAAAGGUGAGUGGACUCUCUGGAAUAUUUGGGGAUACCAGAAUUCCAAAGAAGCCUCGUAGCGACGUAAAUGAGAAAGUUAAUCAUGAAGAUGAAGUGUUGAACAAGAAAAUCUGUUUUGAAGAUGAAGUUCUGGAGGACAAACUGGAUCUUGAUGAUGAAACAAUGGCUUUAUUGAGGAUCAAAGAACGUCAGAGGUUUAGAAGUUCAGACGAUCCAACAAUCAAAAGAUGCCCAAAAAAUGAAAGAAGGAAGAGUGAGUUAGUGAAGAAUUCUUCAUGCCCUUCAUCGUCAUCAUCUUCUAGAUCCUCCAGUUCGGUUUCAAGAAGUGAUAGUUAUAGCAAUGAUAGAUGUACAAUGAGAAAUGUGAAGCAGGCUAAAAUUUUAGAGCGUUUCAAAUGUCAUCAGUGUAUGAAAAUUGAACGUAGAAUUGUUGUCCCUUGCACAAACUGUAAAUGUAGAGCGUACUGUAUCCAAUGCAUCAAACAAUGGUAUCCUCAGAUGUCAGAAGAAGACAUAGCAGAGUUAUGCCCAUUUUGCCGUAGAAAUUGCAACUGCAGUGUAUGCUUGCACACUUGUGGUUUGAUUAAGACAUCAAAGAGGAAAAUAACUGAUCGGGAAAAGGCUCGGCAUCUGCAUUACUUGAUUAAGUUACUACUUCCUUUUUUAAGACAAAUUUGUGAGGAACAAACUCAGGAGACAGAAAUUGAAGCAAUCAUUCAAGGGGUGCAUUCUUCAGAGGUUGAAAUACCAGAGAUACAGUGCGGCAAUGAUGAACGUGUUUAUUGUAACCACUGUGCAACUUCCAUUAUUGAUCUUCAUCGAGGCUGCCCAAAUUGUUCUUAUGAACUCUGCAUCAGCUGUUGCCAAGAAAUUCGUGAGGGAAGCCUUUCAGGCUGUGGUGAAAUGAAGUUUAGGUAUAUCAACCGAGGCUACAGUUACAUGCAUGGUGGUGAUCCUCAGCCUGAAACUUGCCAUUCUGGAACUAAACAUGAUCUUGUUGAAUCACCAAUUCCGUGGACUGCAAGUAAUGAUGGAUUUAUUUCAUGUCCUCCAAUUGAAAUGGGUGGUUGUGGUGAUUGUGUGUUGGAGCUUAAACGAAUUAUUCCAGAUGGAUGGAUUUCAGAUUUGGAAAAGGAGGCUUCAGAUUUAUUGGAAAAUUUCCAAACCGUUUUGACGAAUUUGAAUAGCAGCUGUUCUGAAACAGGCAUGGAGAUGUUAUAUAGAGCAGCUUCUAGAUUAGGAUCUGAUGACAACUUCUUGUAUUAUCCACCUUCAACAGAGAUUCAAGAGGAAGAAGAACUUUUGCGCUUUCAAAAACAUUGGGUUAAAGGCGAACCAGUUAUAGUUCGGAAUGUUCUUAAAAAGGUGAAUGGUCUAAGCUGGGAGCCAAUGGUCAUGUGGCGUGCUUUAUGUGAAAAUCUGGACAUGGCAAUCAGUUCUAAGAUUUCAGAAGUGAAGGCCAUUGAUUGCUUGGCUGGUUGUGAGGUGGAGAUUAAGACUCGCCAGUUUUUCCAAGGCUAUACAGAAGGCAGAAGAUAUGAUAACUUCUGGCCGGAGAUGCUCAAAUUAAAGGACUGGCCUCCUUCUGACAAGUUUGAAGAUCUUUUGCCACGCCACUGUGAUGAAUUUAUAAGUGCAUUGCCAUUUCAAGAAUACUGUGAUCCUAGGGCUGGUUUCCUCAACCUUGCAGUUAAGCUUCCAUAUGGUGUCUUAAAACCAGAUAUGGGUCCAAAAACUUAUAUUGCUUACGGGGUCGCUGAAGAGCUUGGAAGAGGGGACUCUGUGACAAAGCUUCAUUGUGAUAUGUCAGAUGCGGUUAAUAUAUUGACACAGACAGCAGAAGUAGAGUUAACCGAGCAACAGCGUUCUGCAGUGGAAAUAUUGAAAGAGAAACACAGGGCACAAGAUCUAAAGGAAGGUCUUGUGCAAGAGAAACUGGUUGGACCUUUCGGAAAGCCCAGUGGCGAGCAACCCAGUACAGAAGGGGGUGCUUUGUGGGACAUUUUCAGAAGGGAGGAUGUUCCCAAGUUAGAGGCAUAUCUUAGAAAGCAUUUCAAAGAAUUCAGGCACACCUAUUGCUCCCCGGUAGAACAGGUUGUUCAUCCGAUCCAUGAUCAAUGUUUUUAUUUAACUUCAGAGCACAAAAGGAAGUUGAACGAAGAAUUUGGAAUUGAGCCCUGGAGCUUUGAACAAAAGCUUGGAGAGGCUGUAUUUAUUCCAGCUGGAUGCCCGCACCAAGUCAGAAAUCUCAAGUCUUGUACAAAAGUAGCUGUGGACUUUGUCUCCCCUGAAAACAUUCAUGAGUGCCUGCGAUUAACAAAGGAGUUCAGACUUCUGCCGAAGAACCAUAAAGCCCGAGAAGACAAACUUGAAAUUAAGAAGAUGAUACUGUAUGCAGUUGAGCAAGCAAUCAAAGAUGCGAGGAGUUUGUUAGCACAAGAAGUUUUGUCUUAGAGUAGCUACCAAGAACCCUAACUAAAUUUCAUACCUUCUUUACAAGAGUAAUUAGCCUACAAGGGUGGAUUUGAUGUCCAAAUUUAAUGACAGUUUCUACAAUGUUAUGCUUUUGGCCAAUUGGUCUAAAACAUGAGCAAAUCCUAUCAAAUAAGAAAGAUAUCUAUUUUUACAUUUCA